AUGCUUGAUGAUUGCCAUAUUUCCUUAAUGACUGCUGCAAAAAAGGUUGUAAAAAUGAGUGAGGUCUCACAGGGAACCAUUUUCCUUUUCUUUCAAAGCUUCCGAUGGGAUGCCAAAAGCUUCAAACCAGACUUCUCCAUCAAACCGACAGAAGGUUACAUUUCUCCAGGAACAAGUGUUCCCUUUGAAGUGACCUUCCACCCUUGUGAGCAGAGUCAGGACAUCUGCUAUGAAAACCUCCUGUGUCACAUCCAAGGCGGAGAACCUGUGAGGCUCACGCUGAAUGGAUUAUGCGUGAGCGUCCCGCCUGUCAAAGAGGUGGUAAAUUUCAUAUGCCAGGUGCGUGGAAAGCAGACACAGACCAUCAUGCUAUCCAACAAGACUAACCAACCGUGGAUGUUGCGGCCCAUUAUUGAGGGAGAGCAGUGGAAAGGGCCAGAGUACGUCAGGGUGGAAGCCCACCAGCAGAACAAGCCCUAUGAAGUCACAUACAGGCCUCUGGCUAUGAAUGUAGAAAACAGGAAGGACCAGGGCUCCAUCUUCUUCCCCCUCCCAGAUGGAACAGGACUGCUUUACCUCCUACAAGGCACUACUGAGCCUCCCAAGACAGCUGGAAACAUCAUGAGGGAAAUUCCGUGCAAAACAUCCUACACGGAGCUGCUUCCUAUCACCAACUGGUUGAACAAGCUGCAAAGGUUUCGGGUAACAGUUGAUAUGAUAAAGCCAGAAAAACUGGAAGUCACAACCACCCUGAAAACUCUGGACUAUAUUGAAGUGCCAGCCUCCACCAAGAAGGACCACAAGCUCACCUUCUUCUCUUACAAAGAGGGCAUGUACACCGCCAAGAUCACCUUCCGCAAUGAGGCCACCCAGGAAUUCUUAUUCUAUCUGAUCACAUUUAAGGCCACCCCAUGUGGCCCACUAGGCACCCUCGAGUUGACCACAGCUGUCCGGCAAAGUACCUCCUCCUCAGUCAAGGUGGAAAACCCGCUGCACUACCAGGUGUCCUUCAAUACGGACUGCAAGGUGCCAGACAUCAACCUGCCUCCUCAGUUCACGGUGCCUGCUCAGUCUGAGGGAACGCUGGUCUUCGAGUUCCUGCCGAUGAGGCCCGGGGAAACCAGUGGGCGCCUGGCUCUCAACAGCAGCGAACUGGGCUCUUUCCAGUACGAUCUGAUCCUGAAGGCCACGUCGGCCCACCCAGAGAAGCCCCUCACUUUCUCCACCAUGCUGGGCAGCAGCCAGAGCUUGGUGGCCAAGAUCGUCAACUACACCCGCCAGAAGACGGAGUAUUCCACCAAGAUCGACAGCCCGGACUUCCAAGCCGAGAAGGUCAUCAGCGCGCCCGCGGGUGCCCAGACGGGCACCGAGGUGGGCGUGGAGGUGACGUUCGAGCCGUGCCAGCUGGGCGAGGCCCGCGGGACUCUCCUGCUCUCCUCGGCGGCGGGCGGCGACUACGUGAUCCCUCUGCGGGGCACGGCGCUGCCCCCCCGGCCGCAGGGCCCCGUGCAGAUCCGGCUGGGCGGCACCGCGUCGCUGCCCUUCAAGAAUGUCUUCCUGCAGCCCACGGCCUUCAGCUACGCCGUGGACAGCGCUGCCUUCUCGGUGCGCGCCGCUGAGACCAUCCGCCCCAAGAAGACGGCCACCAUCUCCGUGACCUUCGAGGGAGCCGGCGGCGGGAACAAGGCGCCGGUCACCGGCAAGCUGGUGGUUUCGUGCCCGCGCGCCGCCGGGCUGGGCUCGCCCGUCAGCUGGGUCUACUACCUGCGGGGGGUCCCGCCCGAGAAGUAGCUCCUCCCUCGCAAUAAAGUAUUUCUGCGAAACGAAAA